AUGGUAGCAAACACAGGCUCAACAUACACCUUUGCUGAGAAGGUCAAGGUAGUCGAGGCCAACUUUGAAGAUGCCGAGUCCUUGAAAACUGCUCUCACGGACCAAGAUGCCGUCGUCUCAACUGUCGGCGACAAAGGUGUCAUAGCCCAACAGCUCCUGAUUGAUGCAUCCAUUGCUGCCGGCGUCAAGCGUUUCCUUCCAUCCAAUUUCAGUUCCAACAUGAGCAACCAUAAAACUCGCAAGCUACCAAUCUUCAAGUCAAAAGUGGCGGUUGAGGAUUACCUCAUUGAGAAAUCCAAAACCUCCGACCUGACGUAUACCUUUGUCUAUAAUUGGGGUCUCACCGACUUUGCCAUUCAGCGCAAGGUCAUCAUGGAUUUCUCCAAGUAUCAACCCACCAUAUUCAACAGAGGAGACUCUCAGUUCAGCUGUACUAGGCAUGCCAACUGUUGGAAAGACCGUAGUCGGUGUCCUGACCUAUGCCGCAGAAACUCAGAAUCGAGCUGUCUACUUCUCCAAAAGUAUGUUUUCACACAAAACCAAAUCCUAGCCUUGGCUAAGAAGAUUGCUCCCAACAAUCCAUGGGCUCCAUUAGAUGUGGACUUGAACGUGGUGGUUGCUGGAGCUCUUGAACGGCUUGCCCAGGGACAACACGACUUGCCAACCGUGAUUCCUAUUCUGCUCAAGAGUAUCGUGGAUGAGGAGUAUGGGUUCAAGUUUGUUAAGAAUGACAACGAGCUAUUGGGUAUCAAGGAGAAAGGGGAGGAGUAUUUGACUGAACUUUUGACUCCAUCGCUUAAUUAG